AUGAGUUUUGUUUCUUUUCUGCUAUCUGCCCUCAGUAAAUUCCAAAAGUCACCCAACACCUUUAUACCUGUCCACAUGCAUAUGCAGCUCCGUCCUAGAAAACACAACCAACUGACAAUAUGGCACAUUCCAGAGGAAGUCCUCCUCUAUAUUCUCAAAGGCCUUCACAUUAGGGAUAUUCUCAACAUGAAAAUGGUACACCCCUACUUUCGAGACAUGAUAGACGAUAACUCGCCAAUAUGGGCAAUGGCAAGUUUCCAAGACAACUGGCCAAUGUGUAAUAAUCUUGGACAUUUUGAACGAGCUGCAAACUUUGGAAAUAUAGAAGCUCUCAUCAAGCUAGCUAUCGCCUACCUCUACAAUGAAGGAUUGCCUGAGGAUGAGUGUCAUGUAACAAGCAAUGGUGAGAAGGCGGCAGACAUGUUCUGUAAGAUCGAGAGUCUCACACCAGGAACAGACCCAUUUUCCUGGCUUUUUAUCCGUCCUCCUUGGUCAAUCAACGGUGCCUGCUGCAAGGAGACAGUGUUUACACAUAUGAAGAAAUUUGUAGAAGAGCAUCCUGACAAUGGAGAUAUACAGGUUUGUGUAGCUAAAACUGUCUCUCUACUGGAAGAGGAUGGCAGUACAGAGGCUCAGCUGUAUCUCCAGCAGGCUGCACAACAUCAGUCUGGGCUCGGGGCUUAUCUACACUGGCAACAGUGCUGGCAGGAUCGCGUGUGUGACCGUGCAUCAAGACUAGAAAGUAUACGACAGCUGCGACAAGUUGCCAAACUGGGGAAUAUGGAAGCACAACUAAGCUUGUGUAAAUUUUAUGCCAAGGAAAUAUAUUGUGGUGUUAGUCUCGACCAAGCAGCAUUGACAGUUCGUGAAUUUGUUCGUUCUGUCACGCCUAUUAACGUUCAGAGUUGCUUCAAAACUUCACAUGAGUUGACACCAUCGAUGCGUUACAUCCUCGUAGACUGGCUGGUGGAAGUGGCUGGAAUGAAAGACUUCUCUAGUCAAACUCUCCAUGUGGCUGUUAGUGUAGUAGACAGAUAUCUCAAGGUUCAUAAGACAACACGCUCCAAAUUACAGCUCCUGGGGGUUGCAGCAAUGGUCCUUUGUUCUAGAUUUUUAGGUAAAGACAUUAUCACGAUUCGUGAGGCUGCAUGGCUCACAGACAAUACAUACAAGUACGAAGAUGUGGUGCGCAUGAUGGGCGAGAUUACAGCCACUUUGCGUGGUAAAAUCAGGGUGGCCAACAGCUUUGAUUUCGUGGAGCUGUUUUCCUUGUUGGCGAGAUUGGACAGGAAAAGUUCAUUUCUGGCAGAAUACAUCUGCGAGUUGUGUCUACUGCAGGCAGAAAUGGGCCAAUAUAAGCCUACCGAGAUUGCUGCAGCAUCCGUCCUUCUGGCACGCAUACUCACACGACUUGACGAUCCUUGGCCAAAACGUUUGGUUCAGUUUACCGGCUUUACGAUAGAAGACAUCAGUAGAUGUGCUUUCCAUGUACAUGAGAAAUGUUUCUUAGAAGGCUCUGUUGUGGACCAUAGAGACGUCACCCUUCAGGCUGUAAAACUACGUUAUUCUGACAAAAAGUUUUUGGAAGUCAGCGAAAUGGAGAUUAUGAGUUACGAAGAGCUGUGUGCAAUGUUGGGCGUGACAGAUCACAUCCAGCAGGGACUUGAUGUCUGCGUAAAAUUCAAAAAUGAUGACCAACUCAUCUUGUCCCCCUCCAGGAAGAAACGAAGGUGUGAUCGGAAGUUACCCAGUGUAGAGGGUCGUGAGAAUACAGCGACGCCCUCUAUUGAAAAGAGUGCUAUCAUGGAUGAAUCUAUACUGUCAGGUUAUGAUGGUGAUAAAGAGGACGAGGAGAAAGACGAUGAUUCUUUCCUUGAGUAUGAUGACUUGAGUGAAGAAAACAAAUUUGAGGAACAUAGUAAUGGUGCUGUGGGGUCAGAGAAUGACUUGCCUUGUGAAGGAUCACUACAGUUAUCUCCCCUGCGUGUUACUGGGGUCGAAUGUAGUCCAGACAUUAGAUCCUCUUCAGGUGUGUCUUCGCCAGGGUCAUCUGGCGGGGAAGCCAAGUUAAGCCCCGUCCCACUCCUCCCGCGAUCUUCUCUCGGGAUUUCUGGUCAUGCCUCUCAUGUAUUCGGAGGUGUCUGUGUGCAAAACAAUCAUAUAAGUGGCUUGGAAAGUCACAGUUCUAAAAGCAAUAAUGGUGCUAAUUUCUCUCCACAAGGUACUUUGAGAGGAUUUGUUCAAGGCAGUGUGUCAAGUCAUAUGACGCUGAGGAGGACAACAAAGCGGAAAAGUCGACAUUUUCUGUCUGGUGAUAGUUCUGCACGGAAGCAAUGA